ACACACACACACUCGCUGCACAUGCAUCGAGUGGAACAGCUCCACAGUGCUGCACAGUAGUGAGGCCGCAGUGUGUGAUUGAGAGAGGGGGGUUAGAGAGACAGAGAGAGACACAGAGAGAGAGAGAGAGAGAGCAUUUACUCUCCCCCUCAACCAACUUCAGGAGAGCACCAGUGUGUAGAAGUUGCAUGAAGCGUGUUGUUCCAACUGAGGACUUUCUUGUCAGACCAUGGAAGUCAUGAAGUGGAGGUAGAAGAAGAGAGGAAGAGAAAAGAAAGUUUGCUGGCUGAACAGGAGUUUUCAUCCGAGGGGGAUUACUGGACUCAUCAUAUAUGUGCUCGUGUCAUGGUGAUCUCCUACAUGAUCGUCUCUUGUUGACAGGAGCCUCUCUGUGCUUUGGAUUUUCCCCCCCGAGGAUCAAAGUUUGUUUUCCGAGCAGAGUGUGUGAAUGAAGUGUGCGGAAGCCGGAGACAUGUCGAGCGGACGUUUCAGUCACCUGUUGAGGGGAGUCUGGCUGCUGUGGCUGUGGCAAGCCGUGUUUGUGGCUGGAACUGGGAGUAGACUAUGGGAGGUGCCCACGGCCUCCUUCACUUCCUCCUCCAACCUCAGCGAGAGCCUGCAGUGGGAGCAGGGCUGCCAGUACCGCCACCUACAGGACAGAGUGAGAGUCACAGCGGACGUGCCCCCAAGAGUGGAUGGUACAUGGGUGUCGACAAGAUGUGAAGUUCGGCCCGGUCCGGAGUUCCUCACCCGCUCCUACACCUUCCACCCCAGCCGACACUUCCUGGCCCUGCAGCAUUUCUACAGCGACAGCAGCUGCGAGGACCCAGCCUACUCCCUGAUGGUCAGGGGCAAGCUCCGUCUGCGCCAGGCCUCCUGGAUCACCCGCGGGGCCACUGAAGCUGAACACCACCUCAGCAAGGUGGGCAUCGUGGUCCACAGCGUGGCAGCCAAGCAGAGGCUGUCGUCCAGGCUGCCUGCGAGCUGCGUGGGCCUGAUUCUGGGUCAAAUGAUGCCGGGGAAGCUGUACGAGCUGUACAGCACCCGGGCGGGGAGGGGAUGUCUGGAAGCGCUGGGCUUCUCCAUGAUGGAGAUGGGACUGAUACGGGUGGAGACGCAGCACCACAGUCAUGGAGGGAAGGUCCAGGAGCUGUUCUUAGGGGACAUUCACACUGACUGGACACAGAGGACUCAGUACAGACCGACAGGAUACCAACAGCCACUGCAGAACGCCAUGCAUCACAUCCACCCCUGCCCCGUGUGCGCCCUGGUGUACCGAUCCUCAGAGCAGCGCCCUCCGGUGCUGCCCCGCGGCCCUGCAGCCCCUCUGUCUCUCUCUGGCCGCUGGGUCAGCCAGCGCUGCGAAACCCGUCCCAACAUCCUCUUCCUCACCCGAGACUUCACCUUUGACCCCGAGCAGCAUGCGUGGGAGGGCAUCUAUCGGCACUACUCCGACCCCACCUGCUCUCAGCCCACCUUCACCCUGAGAGCCUCAGGCCACUUCGCUCAGGGAAACCCCUCUGUCAAGGUCUCAGGAGCCACCGAGUUCGUCUUCAAGGUCAUCCAGGUGAGAGUCACAGCCGCAGAGGAGCCCACGGCGAAGAUGCUGAACGGGACGAGGCCGGGAAAGUGUGGUCGCGCAGGAGGCUGGGAGGUCGGGGUGGAGCAGGACUUGACUCCUACAGACGGGUGCACCCUGCUGGGCAUCAAGCUGCCUCAUAAGGAGUACGAGCUCUUCAAGACCGAGCUGGACCACAGGAAACACCCGGUGCUGUUCAUCGGAGAGAGGCCGACCGACGGGUCCAGUCCAGACCGACCGCAGAGGAGGCCCACUUCCUUUCAGGCUCCCAUGAUGCUUUGCAGUGCGGGGGAGACACAGCCUUCACAUCGCUCAGGUUUUAACAGCAGGCAGGUCCAGUUAGAGGCCAGCGGGACAGACAGACUGGCACAGGUGGUGUCACUGGUGCUGGGAUCCGUGCUGUGCAGCUGGUUCUGUGGUUAUUAGAGACAUCGCUCACAAAUCAAGCUGACGUCAUCGACGGACAUUGUCUUCUGGCAGCUUCCUUUCACUCUUCCUCCGUACGAUGAUGACCACAUGUGUGACGGUCAAGUAAAAAUCAAGAGGGACUCAGGAGAGCUGAAUAUUUUCAGACGCUGCCUGUAUUUUCACUUUAAUGACUCAUAACUUUCCCCCUACAAACUAAUCUGUAUAUAAACCCACCAAUAUAUAUAUACAAGUGCCGACAUUUCAGUAUGUAAAACAAUAUUCUUUUAAAGAUGUUCUCUCUUUACAGAUCAGUUCCUUUCUUUGAUUAUUUUUUUGGGGGUCAGUACCAUUUUUCUUGUUAUAACAAAGCAAGAUCACAGUGUUGAAAUGUGGAAUCAAGGUCACGUCAAAAUCAAAGCCACGGAGAGAUCUUUGUCUUCCAGGAUGCGGUAUUAAUUAAUGCACUUUGUACAGAACAGUGUUUUCUCUCGACAUACUGGGGAGAAAAGAAGCCGGACACGUUUGUGAUCAGUCGACAUCUUUAUCCGUCUGAUGCCACUGUGGAGUGAAAUGUUGCUUUUAUCUCUGUCCUCCUUCAGAGGCUCUUGUAUCCGCCUGCUUUUCUACCAGCAGUCAAUCCAAACGAAUCAAAUGAAUAUUUAUUUUAACCAUUUAUACUUUUUUUUAAAGAGGAAGUUUUUGGUCUAAUAUUUUUAGUUAGUUUCGCCAUUUAAGAAGUGAUUAUUUUCCAUGUGUAUUAAAAAAAUGGCUUUUCAUAACAUCUUGUGUUCACUUAGUCUUUAAGGGAUCUCUGUGUAGAAACGGAACUAAAGAGGUAAGUAGCAGGGGAUCAUGGGAGUUGUUGUCUUCGUUGUUACAACAAUCAUCACUGAGCUGAUGGAAAUCUUUCAGGCGUACCUUCACGGACGAGGUAAUGUUUUAGAGUUCUGUUCCUGUUAUGGUUGGACGCAAUUUCCAACUUCCUUCCUCACGCUUAAGUUUUCAGAAAUGUCCUUUCAAUCCAUCUGAUAUUUGAGAUAUGGAAGUGAAAACAAGAAGUCAGGGGAUCACAAAAGUCAGUGGGUUUAAUUGUAGGGGGACUAUGAAUAUUAUGUACUAAAUUUCACAGCCAAUCCGUCUUUUAGUUGUUGAGAAAUCUCCAUCUGGACCAACUAUUACAAAUAAAAAUGAAAAUGUU